AUGGCUUUGAUCGAUAUUGGUGCCAAUAUUGGCACAUAUACGAUGUUUGCCGCUGCCUUGGGUCGUUUCGUGAUAGCAAUUGAAUGUUUUGAGCCAAAUUACGUGAGAGUCGCCAAGGCUAUUCAGAUUGAAAAUCUCUACAACAAAGUUAUUCUUAUUGGAAAUGCUGUGUAUUCAAAGGCGGGACAACAUUUGACUUUAACUAGUGAUCCUGGAAACAUUGGAAGCCAGGGAGUUAAAGGAGUAGCAUCGAAGAAUCAAUCAUUACAGGAUCCAUAUGUAGUUACAACAAUACGAUUAGAUGAUAUUCUGCCGAUAAUAAAGCAAACCGGAUUUCGCUCAUUUGUAAUGAAACUGGAUAUUGAAGGAAGUGAAUAUUAUGUGUUUGAAAGUGGAAAGCAAAUUUUUGAUUCAGUAGACAUACCUAUUAUUGUUCUAGAAUGGGGCAAGUUACUUUGGAAUGCAGAGCAUACAAACUACGUGAUUCGUUUUCUAAUACAAAAAAAUUAUGUUCCAACUUCAGACACCUGCAAAGAAUUGAAUAUGAUAAAUAUGUUCAAGGAUUGGCCGCCAAAUGUCUUUUGGGUCAAAAUGAAUCGGACGAAUAUAUGCUAA